AUGGCCGGGAAACAUAAGUUUGCAUUUUUUGGAUUACUGAUUUUCAUUGCAAUCAAGGGGACCUUGUCUAUCUCAGAGGAAGAGCUCCAUGCCACUUACUGGAACAACAAAGGGAAGCAAGCGCUUCACACUGCCCUCAACAUCCAGCCUAAUAUCCACCAAGCCAAGAACAUCAUCCUCUUCAUAGGGGACGGGAUGGGAAUAACAACACUAACUGCUGCCCGCAUCCUCAAAGGACAACUUGCAGGACAUUCAGGAGAAGAGACCAGCCUGGUCAUGGACACUUUUCCGCACUGUGCACUGUCGAAGACGUACAAUGUGGACCAACAGAUGCCAGACAGUGCUGGCACGGCCACGGCGUACUUAUGUGGCGUGAAGGCCAACUACGGCACUCUGGGGGUCACCGCUUCCACGCCGAGGUACAAUUGCAGUGCCGUCUACGGGAACGAAGUCACCUCCGUGCUGCAUCGGGCCAAGCAAGCAGGAAAAUCGGUGGGAAUCGUCACGACAACCCGUGUGCAGCACGCCUCUCCGGGUGCGAACUAUGCUCACACCGCCAACCGGGGUUGGUACGCUGACUCGGAUCUCAGCAAAGAGGCCGUCCAAAAUGGCUGUCGGGACAUCUCGUAUCAACUUGUUCACAACACAGAGAUAAAUGUCAUACUUGGUGGUGGUCGAGAGUACAUGUUUCCCAGGGACAUUCAAGACCCAGAAUAUUCCAAUGUCAGAGGAGAUCGAGACGAUGGACAAAACCUUAUUGUCGAGUGGCUAAAGAAUAAAAGGAACGCUAAAUAUGUUUGGAACAAAAAAGACUUUGAUGCUGUCAAUCCGGCAAAGACAGACUUCCUGAUAGGUCUUUUUGAGCCCAAGGACUGUCGCUACGAGAUGGAGCGUAAUCCAGCAACAGACCCAUCCCUCACUGAGAUGACAGAGAAGGCAAUUAAGAUUCUCAGCAAAAACCCUAAAGGAUAUUUCCUUUUUGUGGAAGAUAAGGGGAGAAUAGACCACGGCCACCAUGCCGGCAGGGCCAAAAGGUCGCUUACCGAGGCCAUCGAGUUUGACCGAGCCAUCGGGCGAGCGGCCGAACUCACAAAUGAGCUGGACACCCUGUCGAUAGCCACCGCGGACCACUCGCACGUCUUUACCUUCGGAGGAGGUUCAGCCAGAGGAAACUCUGUUUUAGGGGUUUCUCGGAGCAUUGCUGAGGACAACAAGCGCUUUACCAAUGCCGGGUACGCCAAUGGGCCGGGAUACCAGUUUGUCAAUGGAAGUCGCCCAGAUGUAAAUGAGACAAUUUCUAAGGGUGAUGAAUAUCGUCAACAGGCAACGGUCCCUCUUGAUUCAGAGACCCAUGGCAGUGAAGAUGUAGCCAUCUUUGCCAAAGGACCAAUGUCACACCUUUUCCAUGGGGUCCAGGAGCAGAGCUACAUCGCCCACGUGAUGGCUUACGCAGCUUGUUUGGAGCCUUACGAGGACUGCAAACUCACCCUUCCCAAUCACGCCGGGUCAAUCUUCCCCAGUUUGCUGUUCCUUCUCAUCGGCCUUCUUCUUUGCAUGGUCUCCUCCUCAUAA